AUUUGGAAUCUCCCUAUUUUGAAAAAUGUACUGAUUCGUUCACUGUUGGGACCGAUCCAGGAUUAGCGACAGCAGUUGUUUCGUGGGAUGAGCCAGUUCCUAUUGACAAGAAUGGUAUAAAUAGGACAGUCCAGAACUAUUAUCCAAACGAUAUGUACAAUGUUUCGUCUUACACUGUAGUCUAUGUGGCAUACGAUAUUUACAAUAAUAACGCUGUGUGUGAAUUUGUCAUCACGGUUAAAGGUAAAGUCAAAAGAAAAGGAACACUAUCACAUAAGCUGAGUUUCACAGGAUCUUUUACUGCGAAAACCGUGCUGGAGCCUGUAGAGGAUAUUGUGACGGCUAGCAUGGGUCAUUAUGUUACUGUAGAUAAUAUGCUCCAUGAUUUUAGAAUCUAUGCAGCAUUUGGUGAUGAUGGUUUAUCAAAUACUAGACCAAUCGUCUCGUCCAUUGGAACCUACAACUACGAACUAGCCAAAUGUUUAAGCGAACUGAUACAACCACAUAUACCAGAGGAAUACACCGUUACCGACACGUUUACAUUCGUCAAAACCAUCAAAGACAUCACAGCAACAUCAGGACAUUUUCGUUUUAACAAAGAAUGCUAUCGAAAGAUUGACGGUGUUAGUAUGGGAUCUCCGUUAGCUCCCAUCCUUGCAAACCUAUUCAUGGGACACAACGAAAAAUUGUGGUUAACGGACAAGGACUGCCCAGAAUGGAUUUAUACUUGCGAUCUAGAAGCUCCAAAUAUUACGUGCCCUGACAAUAUUACCGUCGAAAAGGAUCCUGGAAAUACAACAGCAUUGGUCGACUGGAUGGUUCCUGUACCGACAGAUAAUGUAGAACUUACCAGAUCAAGUCCUGUGGCGGAUCCUGAUAGACAGCCUCCGACUGCGAUCGCUAUUACUCUGGAAUCUCCUCAAACAUACACUGCUACAGACACAGCAGGAAACAGUGCUUCAUGUACAUUUUUUAUCACAGUUGAAGAUAUAGACAAAGAACCUCCUCUAAUAGCUAACUGCCCUGUCGAUAUGAAUCUUUCAACAAGUGCUGGCGUAAACUACACUAAUGCUACAUGGACUGAACCUACAGUGACUGACAAUGCGGGGACACCUAACCUAACUUCAACGCAUUCAGUCGGCAGCGAAUUUUAUAUUGGCAAAACAGUUGUGAUAUACACAGCUGUAGACAGCUUUGACAAUACUGCCACUUGCAACUUUACAAUUUGUGUACAAGAUAAUGAGCCGCCAACAUUUUACUGCCAGGAAAGUUUCAAAGUAAACACAACCAUUAAUUCCAAUGCCACAAAUGUCACAUGGAAUUAUCCUACGUAUAUGGAUAAUUCAUAUAGAGACGUUCGUGUUAUUGAAAGUCAUUCUAUACCAACCAUAUUGGUAAUGGGAAUCCACGAAGUUACGUACACAUUUACAGAUAUAUACAAUAACACAGAUUCGUGUUCCUUCAACAUAACUGUAAUUGAUAAUGAGCCACCAACAUUUGACUGCCAGAAAAGUUUCGAAAUAAACACAACCAUUAAUUCCAAUGCCGCAAAUGUCACAUGGAAUUAUCCUACGUAUAUGGAUAAUUCAUAUAGAGACGUUCGUGUUAUUGAAAGUCAUUCUAUACCAACCAUAUUUGUAAUCGGAAUCCACGAAGUUACGUACACAUUUACAGAUAUAUACAAUAACACAGAUUCGUGUUCCUUCAACAUAACUGUAAUGGAUGUGGAAGAUCCAAAUCUUGAAUGCCCAUCCGGGUUCUCUGUUGAAACUGAUGCCAGAAGCCCAAAGUCGGUUGUAACGUGGAAGACUUCAGUUAAAGACAACUCAGGCAAAAUUGAUAUAAACUCAACAUAUUCAUCUGGAUAUGCCUUUCCAAUUGGAGUUACAACUGUAGAAUAUAUAGUACAAGAUAAUUCUGGAAAUGUAGAUGAGUGUUCUUUCAAUAUCACAGUCAAAGAUACAGAGAAACCAAAUCUUGUCUGCCCAAACAAAGUUCUUACCGAUAAACCUAACAGCGUUAAUUGGAGCAUUGCAGAACCAGAGGAUAAUUCUGGACUAGAAGUAACAUUGAUUGCUUCUGCUUUCCCCGGUGUCUGGGAAGUGGGUCAACAUUCUGUUACUUAUAAUGCCACUGAUGUAUAUGGAAAUUUGGCCACAUGUUCGUUUAAUGUUUUUGUAAUAGAUGCUUGCGGUGGUGGAGAAAAAAUUUGUGUAAAUGGCGGUGUUUGUUCAGCUAUUGAUUUUAAAUGCAUGUGUCCAACAUUUUAUUCUGGUGAAUUAUGUGAAAAUGGACCAGAGGAACCACGUUUUUCAGUCGUACCAACCCCAACGGAGGCUGCCCUUUAUGGUAGUAUUUCCCUUACGUGCAACGUCAGCGAUUCAAGUAACUGGCAGUGGUAUAAGGAUGAAGUCUCUCUAUUAGCAACAAAAAAUCUGCAUACAAUAACAGUUAAAAUAACAAUUGAUAAUCUAGGUUAUUACCAAUGCGGUGGAUUUGGAGCAGGAGAACAUAGUGGCAAUUUAUAUUUUUCAAACAACGUUACAUUGGUUGCAAAUGAUAUAUUCGUUUUUCCUGUGGCUUUAACAUAUACCGGUAAUAAUGGUGGAUAUGUUGACGAUCUUAAAAAGCCCACAUCUACAGCUUACAAAUAUCAAUCGUCUAUUAUCACAAACUUUUUAUCCAGUCUGUCUUUAAAUGAUGACUUAAUAAUACGAGUACGUAGCUUCUCGAAUGGUAGUAUUAUUGCAUAUGUAAAUGUCUAUGUGGUAAAUGCAAGUACUCCCUAUGAAACAUUACGCAAGGAAUUAAGAAUGACAAUUGGAAAUCAUUCUAAUGAACUUCUAAAUGUUAACAGUAUCGUGAUAAACAGCACAGAAACGUGUCAUGGAGGGGUUUAUGAAGGAUACACCUAUCCUGAUGCAGGAGUUGGGGAAACUGUAAAUUCAACAGAAAAUUGUGAUGACAAAAAACUGAAUUAUUUUCUGCCACACUCUAACCGAAGUUGUGAUGGCGACGGAUUUAGUGCAGCUGAAUGGAACAACCCUAUAAAGACGGAUUGUGGACCAGACGCUACUGCCGAACAACUGCUAGAACGUUUAAAAUCGAAAGGAGUCACGAUGGCAAAUGUUGAAGACGUCAGCACCGAAGUAGAGAAUAUUACAAGUAAUGCAGAAGAGAUCACCGUGAAUGCUUUAGAGUCAACCGCUGAAAUAUUAAAAGACAUUUUAAUAACUGGUUCUAAUUCUACUAAGGGUGAGAUCCCAUCUCAGUGGAAGCUGGGGAAGGUUAUUCCUCUACAUAAGGGCGGUCCUAAAGACAAGUAUUUCCGUAUUGUAAUUAUUGUGUACAAUGACAGUAGAUUGUUCCAGUCAGCUCAGUUUGUUAAUGAUAGUUCAGGUCGCAGGCCGAAUAGUCAAGUUAUUUCUCUGUCGGUGCCUGAACUAAUUAACCGUACUGAGCUAGAUGAGCCCAUUGUCAUAACGUUCAUUCCACUAGAGUCAGAAGGCUGUACGUUCGUAAAUGGAUCUGCUGAUGGAAGUGACAGACAGUACUGCGAGUGUAAUCAUUUAACUAACUUUGCUCUACUUAUGGAUUUCUAUCAAAAACGAGCGCUUCCAUCCGCGUCUGGUUUUGUGACUACAGUUGGCUUAGGUUUAUCAAUUGUAUCUCUUUGUGCGACUGUAUUUACUUUUUUAUCCAACAAAAAAUUUCGGAGGAGUGAUUCAAAGAAAAUUCUAUGUCAGUUGUGUCUCUCUUUGCUCGGUUUGUACAUUGUCUUCCUAGCUGGAAUUGACAGAACUAACAACAGCGGAGGAUGUACUGCCGUUGGAGCUUUGUUGCAUUACUUUUUGUUAUCGUCAAUUUUCUGGAUGAGUGUUCAAGCUGUUAAUAUGUACUAUUUAUUUGUGAAGGUCUUCAAUACUCAUGUACCACACUUUUUCCUGAAAGCUUGUUUAUUUGCAUGGGGUUUGCCAGUGGUAAUUGUUUUGGUGUCUACAUUUAUUGAUAUUGAUAGCUAUGUUGAUUCAAAAACUCAUUGUUUCCUGACUCUCCAACGUAUGUACUACGCCGUUGCAGUUCCUGUCGCUCUGUCUUUACUUUUCAACAUGAUUGUAUUCUUUGUUGUGUUACACAAUUUAGGCCAGCUUGGAAAAAAUACAACCCGAUCGCACAAAAUUUUUAAGAAAAAAAACAAAGGGAUGCAGAUGUUACAGAAUGGAGUGAGCAUUACUAUUGUUUUGGGAUUAACGUGGCUUAUCGGCUUCUUUGCCAUUGGUGAUGCUUCUGUAAUUAUGCUGUGGCUCUUUUGUAUCUUUAACUCUUUUCAAGGGUUUCUCAUUUUUAUAAUGUACUGUGUCAGAAAUAAGGAGGUUAGAGUUCACUGGCGGGAAAUGAUUUGCAAUGGAGCAAAAUACACAAAUGGCCAAUCCCGACGAUCAUCCAGGAAGCAAAGACCAUUCUCAAACACGCCUUCCCAUCCUAGCCCACAUAUUCGUAAUCAUGGUGACAAUAAUCAAGUUAUUCUUGGAAGACGCUCAUUCAUGUCUGAAAACAUCAAUCUACGGGGCUAAUAUAUGAACAUCCACAUGGCAACCAAGACUACAUAUAGUCCUAAUUAAGAAUACUAAAUGUACUAAAAGUUGUAACUUUUAAUAUAAUUAGUAAUUAGUUUCAGUCAAACUUAACAAGCCUUAGAGAAUAAGCCUUUUAAAAUCUCAAUUGACCAAAAAAUAAACAGAGGUGUUCAUUUUAUAUACUUAUAAUGCUUUAAAUUAUAUUGAUUUUUUCCAUAAUUUUAAACAUUUAAAGAUUUGAAAUCUUUAAAUUUCCGAAAGUGUCCAAUGGAAGAAGUCAAAAUAUGGCUGGUGCAUUCGUAUUUGUUUAAAGGGGUUAACUGGCAUUACAUGCUACCAUUUCUUUGAAUUUCAUCGUAAUUUCUCUACGUUUUUUCACCUCUUUUUUAUUGUAAUUUUUUUUGCAUUUUAUAUUUAUACAUAUAUUUAUAUAUGAUAAUGAUUAAAGGACUGAACCAUACUAAAGGGGCUUUUUACAUAUUGACUCACGUAUUUAACUAAGUGAGAAGUAUAAUAAACAAAAAAUAAAUACAACUGACAGAAUAAGUGCAAAAUCAACUAAAAUUCACUUACACACAUUUUAAUAUUCAAAGGGAAUUUUUCAUCGACAAAAUUAGUGAAAAAAAAAAAUAAAAAUUGUAAAAAAAAAAUUAUUAAGCUAUCAAACAAAUCCAGGUCACUAAUAUUGGCCAGAAAAAUAUUUAAUGUUUAUUUACCCACUAGGAGGCAUCCCCUAUCCCCUACCUGCGAUGCAGGUGUGAAGCACUUCGCUUCAGCAACAGGGUGUUUGAACCUAUGACAGGAAUACAAACACGAAACAUUCUUACCGAAGCUACAUGCAUAUUGACUUUAAUAUUAUUUUUAUCUUCUUGUGGCCCGUUAAGACAUAGCUUCACGAUACUGAACAAUACUAAUAUCCCUGUUUACUGAAUUAUCAGUGAUGAUAGUCUUUCUAAAAUUUAAAAAGGCCUUUACCUUUGGAUGAAUUUGUUUAUUAUUUACUGCCUACUAGACACAGGUUUGUAGUCCUUGGAAUUAAUUUUGAAUGAUUGCUAUUUUAAAUGGCCUACGUCAUAAUUAUCAAGGUCUGGCAAAUCCUGGCGGGUUUAGGCCUGCCUGUAGAAGCUAAAGUAAUGCUAAAUUAAAGUGUAAUACCAUUUUUAGGGAAGACAAAUUAUGAUGUAAACAUAUAUGAUAUGGAAAUAGUCUACGUAUUGCACUUGUGUAUAUGUCACACUGAUCGUUUUGGCAAUAAUCUUAGUUCCAUUCGGCAAAAGUCAUAUCUAGAAUCACAGGGAGCAGUUUCCAUUCUUUUGUUAAUGGAUAAUCGUUUAAAAAAAUAAAUGUUUAAAGAUGUAAUAAGUAAAGGAACAAGAACAGAAGGAAAGUGCUAUUUAUAACAUUUUAGUUUACCCUAAGAAAAUUGUCAGAGUGUUCACCACAUCGUGUCCACCACACCGUGUCCACAUUGCAUCCACAGUUUGAUCACAUCCUGCACACAGUGUGCGCAGUCAACACUCUCCUAUGUGUAAACGUAUUGCAAAUCUCACAAAUGACAAACCAGUAAAAAUUUAACACUGUGUAACCUCUAUACAACUAGAAAAUACAUGAAUAUCGUAAUCCUCAUUUUCAGUAAAUUUGCAAAUGAUAAGCACAAAAACUGAUAUACAAAUGCUCGCUAAAUUUAAAGCAAUUGUGUUUUUCAAAUAAUUAAUUAGUAAAGAAAAACUUUCAUGUUGGUUUAACAUUAGCUACAGGAAAGAAUAGCAAACAUUAAAAUGAACUUAUUUUUGGGUUUACUUUUUGUUCUACAAAUCAAUUAUUGUUAAGACCAGAAAGGAAAAUAUAAGGAAUCAAAAUAUAUGGUAUUUGUUUAGAGAGAAAAAUAGAUUAAUUAGUACAAUGUGUAAUAUAAGUAACGUUCAAAAGAAACAUUCAAAUGUCAAUGAUAAAUUAUUAGUGAGUCUAAUAAUAAUAAUAAUAAUAAUAAUAAUAAUAAUAAUAAUAAUAAUAAUAAUAAAAAGUCUAAUAAUAGUGGGAUGUAAUGCAGUAUUAAGGUUCAAUAAUAUUUAACUUAUAUAACCAUAGGAAUUAUUUUAUAGAGAAAAAUAUAGAGAAAAAAAUGUACGGUAUUUGUUUAGAGAAAAAAAAUAGAUUAUUUAGUAUAUGUGUAAUAUAAGUAACGUUCAAAAGAAACAUUCAAAUGUCAAUGAUAAAUUAUUAGAGUUAGUCUAAUCAUAAUAAUAAUAAUUAUCAUUAUAAAGUAACAAACAUUCAUCCCUGGAAAAUUGGACUUACACUUUCUCACACAGUUGGUUGUCACCUUUGAACCAAAUGUUUGAUAAGCAAUCCACUUUAAUUAAUAGUAUUGUAAGCAACCAAUUUAUUAUAUCAUAGGAAAAGAAUGUCUCUGUGAUCCAAUCAGAUAUUCCAAAAGUAUGAGGUGAUUUGGUUAAGACACGCCUCAAUACUAGAAAGUAUAAUAGAGACACCCUAAUAUUACUGACUCAGAAUAACAGUAGUAAAAUAGUAGAGAGUAGAAUAGACUGACUCAACCCUAAAAGGGUUGUAUUCUAACAUCUGAGAAACCGAGAGUUAGUCGACGUUUGUAUAUGUGUAUAAUGCAGUAGAAUAGUUGAUACUGAAUAAAGC